AAGGUUAUGGCGUAGUAUCCUUUACUCACUCUUGGUGGAAGUGUUCGAAAUGUUGUCCUGCGGUCAGUAUAUCCAAUGUAUUGCUUUAGUAUUGAGUCUGUUAGUUGACUUCGCUCACACGGGUUGUAUCACAAAGGUUCUAAAAGCGGAAUGUACUUCAGUAACGCAGUUGUCUGCAGAGUAUUUCGAUAGAUAUCUUGACAAUUAUCGAAAUAUACGCGAACUAUAUAUAGCGCAUAAUAACUUGGAGUUACUCAUUUACAUCUCAGCGUUCAAAAAUACUCCUAACUUAGAACGACUCGUAAUAUAUAGCAGCCGCAUCCGAAAAGUAUUUAACGGCACCUUCGAUGGAUUACCGCUGAAAACUAUCCUCAUGAACAACAAUAGUAUAGAAGAAGUUUAUCCUGGAGCAUUCCACAAUUUGUAUCUACUCGAAAAUUUGUCUCUGGCUUAUAACAAGUUGAAAACCAUUCCAAAAGGCAUAUUCAAGGACCUCCCAAAAUUGGAUUUUCUCCGAUUCUCAGAGAAUGAAAUAUCCUCUAUUGACGAUUCAGCUCUGGAAAAUCUACCACUAUUGGAGAAUUUACAACUGAAUUAUAAUAAAUUGCAAACGAUUGUGAUACAUAAAGUUGUAAGUCAUCCACAGAACUUGAAAUACCUUUUUCUAGAUAGCAACUACUUGUCUAGCAUAACCAAAUACAUGUUGCGAAAACUGACCAGUUUGGAAGAUCUGGAUUGCUCGUACAAUAGGAUUUCAAUAAUUGAAGCUGGUGCUUUUGAACAAACUCCAAAAUUGAAAAAUUUGAACCUACAUCACAACAUCUUGAAAGAAGUAGAUGGGACGAUUUUUCCAAAAAGGGGUUUGGUCAACCUAAAGUGGCUGGAAUUGGACAAUAAUGAACUGAUGUCUUUAUCGUCGAAUUUCUUGUCCAAAUUUCCUUCGUUGGAAAGUAUUUCCCUGUAUGAAAAUCCAUGGAAGUGCGCUUGUUUGAGUGCUAUAAGAAGAGUGUUAUUCGAUAAUGAAAUCAAAGAAAAGUGUGAAGAGGUGUAUUCAAAUGGAGAAAGAGCUGUGUGUGUUACAAAUGUUUCAAUAAAUGAAUGCAGUUAUGAAUACGAUGAUGGAUUGAAGAAAAUUUUUAUGGAUUAUAAGACUAACAAUAAGAUAUACAUAAGUCGUGUCGAUUGUAGUUUCAGAAAAUCCAUUUAAAACAGCUGAUGAUUAGUCGAUUGUUUCAUUAAAUUUUGUUUUCUGAUACCGCAUUCACCAGACGAUCAGAAAUUCUUGGGAAUGACGCUUUAUAAAUAUCAUGAAGUUACUAACAAUAUUCACAAUAGCAUCGAUGUGUGAUGUUUCCAUAUUUUUCAAUAUGAAAAAAAUAAAAAGUUCUAUCAUCAAACCUACCCAGGUUUAUGUGGGAUGGAUCUUUAUAAUUAUAUUUCUCUAUGAUAUCAAAAUGAAAGAAAUUUGACUUGACGGAAUUGUACGAAAUCUGUUUUUAUCCAUCGAAAAAAACGAAAUUUGUGAAGAAAUUGAACAUUUCUCCAGGUUUAUUCGUUUCGUAUAUCUCAUUCCAAAUAUCGACUUUUACAUUUCCAAAUUACUGUUUGUUUCAUUGAACAGUCUGCAGCAUCAAACAUCAGAUUUCGAAUCCCCAUGGAAAAAUUAUCAAGAAGGACUUGAUCAAAUCCAGCUUGAGGAAGUAAUUGUAUAGCGGAAUAUGUGUCGCGGUUUUGUAAACCUUUUAUAGUGGAAAGAAAAAUGAAUCUAAUUAGUAAGUUUCGAUAUGGAUUUUGAUCAAGUCUCUGACAAUUCCAUUCAAUAUUUUCCAAUGAGAAACUAUGAAACUACUAUAUAUGUUCUUCAUAUAGUUAUGUUGUUUUUGUAUAGUGUGUUUUACCACAUGAAUUUCUAUAAUGCUGUUGAUAUGUUCUGUAACCAACAGGGUUUUGGUAUCAAAUGAUCACUUCUGGUUUCAGUUACCUUUGAUUGAUAAAGUCUAGGUCUACCAGCUAAAAAAAUACAUAAAUUGUAAUGGUGAACUUUGAAAACGUGUAGAAAUGGCAAACUAUUUAGUUCACUUCGAUAGAUAACUGUGUAAGUCAAAAGUAGUGUUCACAAAGAAAAAUGUACUAUUCAUAAUUAUAACUUCUAAAAUGA